UAGAAAGUAAGUAGCCAUAUUAAUAAAGUAAAGCGACCUGUAUCUAUCUGCCACUAAAAGCAUUUUAAAAUGUUCCUUCUCCUCAGAAUUUGAAGUUUUGAAUUUCGUUUCUGUCUUCUCUCUCAUCAAUCCAAUUUCUCACACACUCUCUCUCUCAAAUGGGUUGCUGCCUCAGCAAGAAGGCUUCUCCAUCAUCAUCUUCCCCAAGUGGAGUAUCCCCAGAUCCGAACAAGUCGGCAAUUGAUAAACCUCUGAAACCAGAGACUGAAGCACAGGCGAAGAAGCUCCAAGUAGAAGAAUCAAAACCCAAGAACGAAGCAGAGAUACAAGAAAACAUCAACCCGAGGAAAGAAGUGUUCGUGAUCAAACAUCGGAGGAGCCAUGAGCGAUCCAAGACGACGACGACAGAUCCGGAGGAUUCAACUGCUUCCGAGGAGAAAUCAACCGGUACUACGAAUCAGACUCCAGCCGAUGUAGAUGCUAUACUGAUUCAAUGCGGGAGACUAAGCCGGAGCAACUCAGCCGCCGCGAAAACCAGGAGAUACUCCGGAUCGAAGAGGAGCUUCGAUUUCGACAAGAACGAGCGGAGCCGCGACGGUGACGCCGACGAAGCUGAUGCGGAAGACGGAGGAGAGGAAGAAGCCGAGCGGCGGAUUCAUCGGCAGCGCCAACGCGGCGGAGGAGAGUCGCCUCGGGAACGGAGGAGACGGACUCCGAGCAGAGAAAGGGAAGAUUCGAAGAGCUACCGAUCGGGAAGUGGAAGUAGACGAGUAAGCAGAUCUCCGGGAAGAAGAUCGGAGACAAAUAACCCUAACCCUAAUUCGUGCGCCGGCAGUGGCAGUUCUGUAAAUUCGAGUAACAACAAUAGACCUGCCAAGUUCGUUUCGGUUCCUGCAACGGAUAAGGCUUCUUUGGUUAUGGAGAAGAGCAACAACAACGCAGAGGCGUCUAUCAAACGGGUUACUGUCAAGAGAAACGUGGCGUCUCCGAGGUCACAGUCGCCGGCGAGAGCGGCGUCUCCUAGAGCUCAGUCUCCGGUGAGAGUUGCGGUUAACACAAGUAGCAACGCUCAGCCUUCCCCGUCGAAGCUCAGGAGGAAAGCUGAACAUUCUCCCUACAGGAGGAACCCUUUGGGAGAGAUUGAUCCCAACUCUUUGGCUUAUCCUCAACCUCAUGGCAACAAGAAGACGAUGAACAGAGACAAUGAAUCUGCCAAUGUCGAGGGUCAGAUGAAUGCUAAAACGGGAACUCAAGCUCCAAUCCGCAGAAGCGCAAGCCCGAGUCGUGUCACCAAGGAGCAGCCAGAGGCAGUGGAAGAGUGUAAGAUAGUGGUGUCAGGAACUGAAAUCCCUAAGCCUCAGAUUAUGAGCAGGAGCAGAUCAUUGAGGAAGUCUCGUGAUUUCGAUUUCAGUCCCGAGGCAUUGCUCUCAAACAACGUCGACAACAACAACAAUAACAAUGCACCAGCAUCUUACGCAGCUUUGCUUCUAGAAGACAUUCAAAACUUCCAUCAGAAGAGUGUCAACGUCAAUACCAUCAGCUCAUCUAUGUCCAAAGCCUGCUCCAUCGUUGAAGCAGUCUCAGACCUUAACUCCACUACGAAUAAACACCAAAGAAGCGAGCUCAACAAUUUCACAUCAGCAGCAGCAGUGAAGAAAGCGGAUCUAAUGGAGCCAAGCUUUGAGAAGUACGUGACUGUUAAGAGAGGUGGUUCUUCGCUGGAGGACAUGGAGGAUCAAGAAUCUUCCGGAAGCAACAGUAUUACGGGAAGUAGCUGUGUGGUGCAACGUAAGGGCUACUCAACGUCCUCUUCGUGGGAACCGAACUCAGCUGAAUCGACGGAUCGAGUGGGUGGGAGAUCAAGCAACAAAGAACGUGAUAGGAGUCCAUUUGGUGUGCAAGAGUUUGAUCCGUUAAAGAAGAAUGGUGUUGGAGCUGGAGGCAAAAGAGUGGCGACAACAACUCGUGUUGCUACAGUUUCGGUGUAAUAGCGAAUUCGUUCGUUUCUUGAUUGUUGUUGUGUAUGUACUUUUUUUAUAUGGUUGCAGAGUAGCAAACCUCUGUUUCGUUUCUUUUGCAACCAUUUGGUCAUUUUCAAUAAUUUGGGUGUUUCUUCGA